CUAACAAGGAUAACGGAUUGUGAGAGUUCAGCUACGUCACUUUCACCGCAAGGGAACCCCCUACCGUAAGAAACUGUCUUUUAGUACAGCAUACAAGCACCCAAAUUCUUCGUCUUUCCGCCAACAACAACAAGGAUCAUCUCUACUAGUGCGGCUCUUGCGUGUGCUCAUUUCAUUUAGCUUCGCCUUUUUCUUUUUGUCGCUAAAUGGAUUUCGAUUUUUAACGUUUCUUCCCAUUUUAUUCUUCGGAUUUUUUUAGUUUUCAUUCUGCGCUUCCCCAGAUUGAAAAUCUGGCAAAUUUAGGGGAAGGAGUGAAUUUGAGGCCGCGAUUGUGUUUUAGGCAAGCCGUUAGAGAGGCCCAGGAGGACGAAGAAGAGUGUAGGCCUUGGCGUAAGAGGCUCUCGAUGGCUUUCAAUAGGGUCUCCCUUUUAAAAAUUAUCCUUCUUCUUUUGCUUAUUGCCGCCAUUGCCGCAGCUUGCCUCACUCUUCCUGUUGAAAAGAUUUUAAAAGAUUUCCUGGUAUGGGUAAAAGAUGAUCUUGGUCCUUGGGGUCCUCUUGUCCUGGCUGUUGCAUACAUUCCUCUAACAGUGUUAGCAGUCCCUGCUUCAAUACUUACUUUAGGUGGUGGUUAUCUGUUUGGUUUGCCUGUGGGUUUUGUUGCUGAUUCUAUUGGUGCUACAAUUGGUGCUGCUGCAGCUUUCCUUCUUGGAAGAACGAUUGGGAGGUCAUUUGUUAUCUCCAAGUUGAAAGACUAUCCUCAGUUUCGUGCAGUUGCAAUUGCAAUUCGAAGAUCUGGCUUUAAGAUUGUUUUGCUGCUACGCCUUGUUCCUUUACUUCCGUUCAACAUGCUGAACUACCUCUUGUCCGUGACACCAGUUCCGAUUAUGGAAUAUGUGCUAGCUUCAUGGCUGGGAAUGAUGCCAAUUACUUUUGCACUGGUCUACGUUGGAACAACUCUGAAGGACCUUUCUGAUGUAACACAUGGGUGGGGUGAAUUCUCAAAAACCCGUUGGGUAUUCAUUGUGUUGGGCCUUCUGGUGUCUGUGGUUUUAAUCAUAUGCGUUACAAGAGUAGCAAAGGCUGCACUAGAAAAGGCGUUGGCUGAAAAUGAUGAUGUUGAUGACAUAUUGGAAUCACCAGAGCUACCCAUUGUUGCGGAUCCUCCUGGAAAUCUCAACCAGCCGCUUAUAAUCAAGAUAGAUGAUGCUCGGGAUAAUCACGAAAAUUGAAUGUUGUAAUAUCUGUAAAUUCUAUACCUGAUGCAAUGUUAGUGUCUAUUUCUAGCUUCUGAUAUGCAUGUGGUGUUGAUGCAUGAGAUUCUUCUCCUGUACAGAAAUGGAUAGCUUCUAGUUCAAUUUUCUCAGUAUACAGUUUUUUUGGAUAGUAUUUUUGUGGAA